CAACAACGCGAUUUCUCGCCUCCCCCAAAUCAAAAAAUACAUCGCUAAUCAUUUGAGUCAUUUCAAUUUUCCGGCUCAAUCAUGACGAAAACGAUCUUUUAGAGUAAUCAAGUCGUUAUUAUUUUCAACCGAAGUCGGAAGUGUUUUUUUUCCUCUGGAUUUUCUCCUGGGAUUAGACUCUAUUCGAAAAUAAAAAAAACACCUCCAAAUUUGACCCAUCAUGACUCUUCUCUUCCUAAUUCUAAUCUCAGUCAUUUUCGACGUCUCUGCUCAAGGCCCUGUUCUCGAGGUUCAAUCCGUCACUAAAGGGACUGCGCAUCUUCCCUGCGACAUCAAACCGCCCUUGGUCAACGACAGCGUUCUUCUAGUGGUUUGGUACAAAAACGACGUGAAGCCAAUUUACAGCUUGGACAGUCGGGGGAAGGUGUCUGAAAUGGGUAGCCACUGGAAAGACAAAGAUGUCUUGGAGGAGAGGUCAUACUUCCGCACGGUGACUGAACCGGCCACACUUUCCAUCGACAAUGUGCAAGAGUCGGACGAGGCCACAUACAGGUGCAGAGUGGAUUUCAAGACAUCCCCGACUCGGAAUUACAGGGUCAAACUAAGCGUUAUCGUUCCACCCCAGAAGCCGACUGUUUUUGAUGAUACAGGCAAAGAGAUACCUUCCGUUGCCGGACCCUAUGAAGAGGGAGCAGAUUUGAAACUCACCUGCGUCGUUUCCGGAGGUCGACCCGAGCCGACGGUACGUUGGUGGAUAGACGAGAAGCUGGUCGAGUCCAACGACCUUGGCUCUUCCUUUCCCAACGUGAAGAACAACCAACUGAUCGUCCGUCACCUCGAGAGGCAUCACCUCCAUACUGCGUACACCUGCCAAGCCAGCAACAACAACAUCAGCCAGCCUCUUUCAAUCAAAAUCACUCUGGAAAUGCACCUUAAGCCCAUAAAAGCGUCGAUAAUUAACGAUAGCCUUCCGGCGAAACUUUCCGCUGAUCAACUUUACGAAAUUAGAUGCGAAACUUAUGGCUCUCGGCCACCGGCGAAAAUCACUUGGUGGAAGGACGACAAACCGCUGAAAAACUAUAUCCAAAAGGGCUCUGAAUAUGGCAACAUGACCGUCUCAAUUUUGAAUUUCACCCCACUGGUUGAGGACAACGGAGUGAAAUUGGUGUGCAGAGCGGAAAACCCUUACCUUACAGGUGCGACUGUGGAAGCAUCUAGAAAAAUCGACGUUUCGUACGUCCCUCGUGUUAAACUCGAGCUGGGAUCAAAGAUGAACCCGGACGACAUAGAAGAGAACGAUGGAGUCUACUUCGAAUGCAUAGUCGAUGCUAAUCCCCCAGCUUAUAAAGUUAUGUGGAAGCAUAAUAAUAAACUGUUGCAUAGUCAUAAAGCAGACGGCAUCAUUAUUAAUCACAAGGAUCUGGUACUUCAGGAAGUGAAGAAAACCCAAGCGGGCAACUACACAUGCGGGGCCGCUAACGAAGAAGGGGACGGCUACAGCAACAUCGUCCACCUCAAAGUCAUGUAUAAACCCGUCUGCAGAGAAGAUCAGAAACACGUUUUCGGCGUGGCGAGGAACGAAGACGCCAGGGUCAUGUGUGAAGUUGACGCCUUCCCCCCGCCGGACGACUUCAAAUGGAGUUUUAAUAACUCGGCUGAAAGCGUGGAAAUUUCCCCGAGCAAAUACCACAAUUCGCUCCAGCUCUCCCUCUCGACCCUCUCAUACACCCCGAGGACGGAAAUGGAUUACGGAACUGUCAUGUGUUGGGCGUCGAACACCGCCGGCCCUCAGAGAACGCCUUGCGUCUUCCACAUCAUACCAGCAGGGCGACCUGACACACCGUUUAACUGUUCUGUGAUGAACUACUCUGCGUCUUCCUUGGACGUGGACUGCAUCGAAGCGUUUGACGGCGGGCAGCCUCAGAGGUUCCAACUUCAAAUUUUCGACGGAGUCACCAACACGUUAAUCGCGAACAAGACAUCCCGGCGGGCUUCUUUCUACGUAGGCGAUCUACCGUCGGGUUCUUUCUUCAAGAUGUCACUGUACGCGUUCAACUCCAAAGGUAGAAGCGAAAGCGUCAAUAUCGAAGGGCGUACAAUUAAGGCGACCGCCAAACCCUCAGAGAGCCAAGUGCCGUUCGCCGUCACACCGGUCGUCGUAGUUUUGAUGGUUGCCUUAGUCGUCCUCAUAACCUGCGCAGUAGUUAUAUUUGGUGCACUUCGCAUUAGAAGCAGUGUCUCGGCUCCGGCUCAAAACCAAAUAGAAAAAGUCAAGCAGUCUCCGUCCAGCGACGUUCACGACAAAUAUUGCAUCGAUGAUAACCCAGAUAUCAUCCCUUCCAAUAAAGAGUCCAAGUACCAAAUGCCGGCGGAAUCGGCUCUUCCUGCCAAGGUUAACCAAGCUCAGUUCCUCACCAUCGACAACAUGGUUUAUCAUGAAGUCCCGCAUGCCAACGAAUCAGUCGAUAACUUUAAUCAGAGAUACCGUGCAGCAGCUCUCCAACCGGUAGUCAACAGCGAUGUCGCUUUUGGUGGUGGUAGCAUAUCCAGAGAGUUGGACAGGAUGAGCGAACCGCUGAUAUGCGGGAACCAACAGCCAAUAAGGUUCUCGCAGCCUCAGCACAUCGGGGAAAGAGAGGUGAUUUCAGUCCGGACGCCUCUGAUGCCUAGUCAACAGGAGAGCUGCGUCUAAAUCCGGCUCGGCUAAAAUGAUCCCAUGACCCAGACACCCGGCCCUUUCCUUAAUAAUAAUGAAAUAUGACUUUGGACAAGAUAUCAUUUGAUAAAAAAAAGUUUGCUUCUGGUGUUUUUGAUGUCAUUUCAUUACUUUUGUAACUAUACGUUCUGCAUUUUUUAGCAGAUAUCUUAACAGCCAAUGUUAAUGUCUUUCAUUAAAUGUUUAUACUACUAAAAAAAACAAUGUGUAUAAUUUGUAUAU